AUGCCGCGUGCAACAUCAGCCGAACGUAAGGAACAAAAUCGGAGAGAAGGUUUACGCAUGUCGCUACGCGAAAGACCAAAGCCUGGCGAAUCCAAUAACACCAACAGCAGCAGUCAAGAAAUACGUCGGGCAAAACGUAAAGCGGGUGCCAAUUCUCGUUGCCUGUACGAUGAAUAUGGACGGAUUCGUCACAACGGCAAAGAUGUUUGCGAUUGCUUGGAUGACGAAUGUCCUGGCUGUUGGUAUGAAUGUGAAAAUUGUGGUUCAACCAAGUGUGGUGUCCAGUGCAGGGUACAUCGUAAAUUCUAUUAUGAAUCGAUAAAAUUUGAUGGAAAAGAUGGAGUGGUCAAUAAUAAGGAUUUUCCCAUACGUAAAUAA